ACUAGACAAGGACGUGUGUUUGGUAUCCUUGUCUUUCUUACAGAUCACAAGUUAGAGAAUCCAAGCCAAAAACCAUUGAAAAGGUCAAGAGAAACUGAUCAAUGGUGGCUGGUAAGGUAAGAUUAGCAAUGGGUUUGCAGAAAUCAUCUUCGAACCCAAAGCAUGAAACUUCAUCCAAACCGCCAUUUCCAUCUCCAAGUUCAGGUAACAAAACCACCAACACUUCCCAAAAAGCCGGUUUCUCACGUUCGUUUGGUGUUUAUUUCCCUCGAUCCUCCGCCCAAGUCCAGCCUCGUCCACCCGAUGUCACCGAGCUCCUCCGCUUGGUGGAAGAGUUGAGGGAACGAGAGUCCGGGCUCAAAACCGAGCUUCUCGAGCACAAGCUUUUGAAAGAAUCGGUGGCCAUUGUUCCCGUCCUGGAAAAUGAGAUCGUCGUUAAAAAUGCGGAGUUGGAACGAGCUUUGGAAGAGGUCGAGAGGUUGAGGAAAGGAAACGAGGUGUUGAAAACGGAGGUGGAGGAGAUGAAGGGAAAGAUUGAAGAAGAAAAGGUGGAGAGGGAGAAGAAAGUGAUGGAAAUGGAGGAAGAGAUAGCGGAGCUGAAGAAAACGGUGUCGUCUUGCUCUGAUCGUAAUAGUAAGGCGGAGAUUACGGCGGAGAGCGACGAAUUGAUUUCGACUUCGCAGCAGUUUCAAGGGUUAGUGGAAGUUGGUGCCAAGUCUAAUCUGAUUAAGAAUUUGAAGAGAUAUAAUCAUAACGGUAAAUGUACGAACGCCAUUGUUUUUAGUGUUUUGAAUAAUGAGAAAGCUCAGAGCAUGGAGUUCAACACAGAGGAAUUUGAAUCAGAGAGACGCGGUCACUCGGCGUCUAACUCGGAAGAACUCGUUGAGUCGACUAGUGUUAACAUCAGAUCUCGUGUUCCUAGAGUUCCCAAACCACCCCCCAGACCUUCGUCGUCGUCUUCAACCUCAUCAUCCAAUGAUUCCACAGAGAAGCAAACUUCUCCACCACCACCACCACCUCCUCCGGCACAAGUGGCAGCAGUCAAGCUAGUUGCACCUCCUCCACCGCCUCCUCUGCCUAUAAAGGCAAUUGCGCCGCCGCCUCCACCGCCGCCUCGGAAGGGGACGAGGACAAUUGCGACAAACGUGAGGAGAGUACCGGAGGUUGUGGAGUUCUAUCACUCGCUUAUGCGUAGGGACUCCAAAAGAGAGGCCGGUGGCUGUACCGUGCCGGAUGCUUUACCGGCAACCGCCAUUUCAAGGGAUAUGAUCGGGGAGAUCGAGAACCGGUCGGCUUACUUGCUGGCGAUAAGGACAGAUGUGGAAACACAAGGAGAUUUCAUAAGGUUUUUGAUAAAAGAAGUUGAGAAUGCUGCAUUUACAGAUAUUGAAGAUGUUGUUCCUUUUGUUAAAUGGCUGGACGAUGAGCUCUCCUACUUGGUGGAUGAAAGGGCAGUGCUAAAACAUUUUGAUUGGCCAGAGAAGAAGUCAGAUGCGUUGCGUGAGGCGGCGUUCGGGUACUGUGAUAUCAAGAAACUAGAAUCCGAUGCAUCGUUGUUCCGUGAUGAUCCCCGGCAACCCUGCGCCCCAGCUCUCAAGAAGAUGCAGGCUUUACUUGAAAAGCUAGAGCAUGGCGUUUACAACCUAUCCCGAAUGAGAGAAUCAGCUGCAAACAGAUUCAAAGGAUUCCAUAUCCCUACGGAUUGGAUGCUUGAAACCGGAAUUGUAUGUCAGAUGAAGCUAGCGUCGGUGAAAUUAGCGAUGAAGUACAUGAGACGAGUGUCUGCAGAGCUUGAAGCAGUUGGGGGUGUACCCGAAGAAAAGGAUCUGAUCGUUCAAGGUGUUAGGUUUGCAUUCCGUGUGCAUCAGUUCGCCGGAGGAUUCGACGUGGAAACGAUGAAGGCUUUCCAAGAGCUGAGAGACAAAGCCAGAACGUGCCAUGUUCAAUACCAAAGCCAAUAGGAAUUAAUAUCUGAUAGCAGACUCAGCUUCAGAAUCCCAGUUUUCAUUGUAAAUAGAGAAAGAAAAAAAACCAUGCAUGUUUGUGAAUACAAUUGCCAGCUGCUAUAAUUGAUCAACCGAUUCAAUUCA